GUGACUCUUACUGAUACCCAAAUUCUGGUAACCAUGUCGAAGAACCAGCAAACCAAGCGCGCCAUUAAACGUCUGUUGCAAGAUUUGACAGAACUGAGAAAGGAACCGGUGGAAAAUGUGUCGGCAUGUCCAUUAGAAUCCAAUAUGUUAGAAUGGCACUGUAAUUUCAAACAUGAUGAAAUCAUCUACCAUCUUUUACUGUUCUUUCCCGAGAACUACCCCUACGAAAGCCCAAGUGCUGAGUUUGUUCCAGUCGGAUUCCAGUACAAUAGCGGAGCCACAAAACCUGGUAAAAAAGGAACAAAAGUCUGUCUGGACAUUUUCUCGGACUUUGCGGAUAUCCAUACGGAAUGGAAAGACCAGAAAUCAGUGGGCUGGUCGCCUGGAUACACAAUUCAAACAAUUCUACUCAAUGUAGUUGCCUUCCUUGCCGAAACCCAGAGUGGUGACAGCUACUGGAUGCGAGAUGCAACGGAAGUGAAUUUAAAACUCUCCAAGAAUUUUUCAUGUGAAGAUUGUGGCCAUACUUACAAGAAACCCUUCCCGCCAUUAGAUCAUGGUAAACCAGAAACAGCGACAAAGAAGAAAGUCGAUCCGAAAACAAAGAAAGCAGAACCAAUUCAUGAAAUUAUUGAUUAUAUGUCAAAGGAAGUCUUUAAUAAAGGAACUCCGAAAACCGAUUCUGAGUUAUUUGGAUAUGGUCUGAUUGUUUCUGGGCCAAAACACAGACCGUCCCUGACCACACCUUGUGAGGCAUUUUCCCUUGAGUCCUAUGAAAGCAUGAAGAAAGCAACGGGGAACGUGAAGAGUGUGAUGCGUGAGGAUAUCAGCUUCUUUUUGCCCAUGUUUAUACAUCCUCCCCAUGGGUCGAAGAUAAAAGGGGUGUUCGAAUCAACUCUGAGAGAAUGUGCCGCCAUACUUCCGAAAUGUAACCCCAAGAAGACACCAAUCGAGGAUAUGGUGCUGAAGGUCAUCCCAAACCUGAUGAGUGCCACGGUGGUGGAGUUCAGUAAGGGGACUCAGCAUACCAGCGACAAUGCUCUGAAUGGGUACUUCGCUCUCCAUAGGCUGAUGCUCUGGGCCUUGGAUACCUACCCAACCCUGCAGAAAGAGAUAGACACCAGACUCAAGGUGUUUAUUGACAAUGAAGAGCAAAGAACAAAGAAGGCCUGUCCACAUAUCGGGGAGUGGUUGAUGCUUCUGACAGCUUCCUCCAAGUACAGGUGGGAAGGAGCUGCAGAUGCAUACCUAUCAGAGAGCUGGAAACGUCACGUGAUGUGGUAUGUAAAGGAAGACUCCCGACUUGGAUUCCUAGACACAGACAAGAAAGUCCGAGUUCCAGAAACUUUUUCCAGAACACAAGUCAGCCGGAAACUAUUGGCUUUCCAGGUCCUGUUCCUUGAAAUCGCUAUGCCGAAGGGAAUGAGUCGGGAUGCUAUGAAAAAGAGGUAUGAUGACAAUAUGGGGUUCCCGACUGAUGAGAUGGUGGCAAAUAUGAAGACAUCUGUUCAGAAAAUCAAUGACGCCAAGACAUACCAGGACUGGUUUAAGGUGGUGAAUCUGAAGCCGCCCACUGAUGACGAGGUAAAUGACAGACUGCUGGCAGCUGUAAAGUAUGCUAUAUAUACAAACGGAUACCACUGGACGUUCUGGAAGACAGGGGGUGGAUGGAACGCCGUACUGGCUAAAUACAAACCCUAUGUACCGAAGGAAAAGAAAGCUGAAGAUGAUGCCAACGCAGGGUCCAGUGCAGGUGGCAAAGGGAAGGGAAAGGGUAAAAAGGCUGAAGAUGACGAUGAUGAGGAGGAAGAUGAACCAGCUCCAGUUAAGAAAGCAGCGGCCAAAGGACGUGGUAAAGGAAAGGCAGCACCGGCACCAAAACCAGCACCCAAAGGUAGAGGAAAGGCAGCACCGGCACCAAAACCAGCACCCAAAGGUAGAGGAAAGGCAGCACCGGCACCAAAACCAGCACCCAAAGGUAGAGGAAGAGGGAAGGCAAAAGUUGUUGAAGAGGACGACGAGGACGAAAUGGAGGUUGAUGAGGUUCCUGCCAAAGGACGUGGAAGAGGAACAAAGAGAAAAGCAGAAGAAACAGCAGGUCCAGGAGGUAAAAAAGGACGGGGAGCAUCCAAGGGGAGAAAGAAGUAAAGGAGAGAUCAGGUCAAUAUGGAUGGCAGGUGGAGUCGUCUUUGUUUGCAUUUUGUUUCUGUUUUUACCGCCAUUAACUUUUUUAUGCUAGAUAGGUUUACAUGCAUGCUUGGUUGUUCUUGUAGUUCAGAAUGGUGUGUCAUAUUUUUCUUUAGUACAAUUGUGCCAUUGUUAAUUUUAUCACACAAAUGAAGCACAAUACUAAUUUUAAUGUAUUUUAGAAUAAAUCGGUCUGUUGUGAUAAGAAUUUGUUGGUUUCCUACACGUGUGGUUGUGAAUAAUUAAUUUGAUGUAUUUCAGGAGGAAUCAUUCUAUUGAUGUGAACAUAGACUGGUAAAUUUAAAAUCUAAAUAAUUCCGCCUACAUAUGUCGUUGUUGUUUUCAGUGGGUUGCGCGGUACAUUUCGACAUUUGUGCAUCCCGUAGGCUUUUAUAUAGACGUCGUUGUUUAGUUGAAAAGAAGCAGGUACAUGAUUCAUAAAUUUAUAAGAAAGUGUCCGUCUAUUUCUGUUGACAAUUACACUAGUAAAUCUUAAGUAAAUUAAGGGCUCAACAGUUCGACCUUCUUGUGUAUUUGUAAAAGGGGAUGCGGUGGCUGAGUGGUUAAGGUGUCCCGACACUUUUUCACUAGCCCUCCACCUCUGGGUUGCGAGUUCGAAACCUUCGUGGGGCAGGUGCCAGGUACUGACCGUAGGCUGAUGUUUUUUUUCUCCGGGUACUCCGGCUUUCCUCCACCCCCAAAACCGGACACGUUCUUAAAUGACCCUGGACGUUAAACAAAAGCAAACAAAUAUUUGUAAAUGUAUUUCCUAAUGUUGUGUCAUAAAUAUUAAUUUUUUUUAUUUGUAUCCCUCAGAUUUUUUUUUAUACAUUCGCCACUUUAAAAGAAUGAAAACCAACGAUGGAAAUAUUGUAUUUCAUAACGUACCCUCUAUUUUUGUGGACUGGUACAUUUACCAAAUACGCUUUUACACAUUUUUGUAUUAGGGUACUUUGUUUAAUUGCCAUAUAUAUUUAGCAAGGAUUUCAUCGAGUAUGUUGACAAGGCAUUAUUUUUAAUAUGACUUUGUCUUCAAUGUGCUUUUUACCUGUAGUCCUAGUGUGGCGUAUAUAUUCGAUUUGACAAUAUAUACAGUUACUCUAUGUUCAUGGCUUGUUUGAAAAACCAUUCUUUAUUGAAACUAUUUUCCCCCGCAAACCAUUUUAUCGUGACCAUCUUAUGACGAUUUCAGGGUAAUGCUGCGAACUAUUCUGUUAUAUGUGUAACUAUAAUACAAUUCGUCCGAACUACAAUCGUCAUUGAUUGACAAUGGUGUCUAAGACAGAAUAAAGCACAGUUAUGAUAUGAACAUAAGCGUCAAACGUUUUUGUGAUCAGAUCACUGAUAAUUAUCAAUUUAAUUAUCAGUUAGUAUUCAUUAUAUAUAGCGAAUUAUCUGUUGUAAAGGAGAGUCAUCGUCCUUCUUCUUUUCUUUCCAGAAAAUAUAUUUCACACAGUAAAACGUUUGGAAAACCGGCAGUCAUUUGUUAAUUUACCUAGUACAACUUUAGUCCAGCUUAUAUUAAAUGCUUAGAUAACCACUACGGCGACUUGAGUUCGUGAGGAGGUAGUGAGUUGCUUGUGAUGUUUUAUAUUUCUGGAUGUAAGUAAAACAUGUAAUUUCUGUAGACUAGAGAGAUUGGUGAUCAGACAAAAACUUACCUUUUUACAGUAUAUUGUUGUUUGCGUGGCUCUUGGUGGAUUUCCUUGUCAUUAGACAUCUUUUUUUGUUUGGCUUUAUGAGUUUCCAUUACCCAGUGCCCUGUCUUUGUAUGUAAGCCCUGUCUUUGUCGGUGUGCCCUGUCAUUGUCGGUAUGCCCUGUCUUUGUCGGUGUGUCUGGUCUUUGUCGAUGUGUCCGGUCUUUGUCGGUAUGCCCUGUCUUUGUCGGUAUGCCCUGUCUUUGUCGGUAUGUCCUGUCUUUGUCGGUGUGCCCUGUCUUUGUCGGUGUGCCCUGUCUUUGUCGGUGUGUCUGGUCUUUGUCGAUGUGUCCGGUCUUUGUCGGUAUGCCCUGUCUUUGUCGGUAUGCCCUGUCUUUGUCGGUAUGCCCUGUCUUUGUCGGUGUGCUCUGUCUUUGUCGGUGUGUCUGGUCUUUGUCGAUAUGCACUGGCUUUGUCUGUGUGCUCUGUCUUUGUCGGUGUGCCCUGUCUUUGUCGGUAUGUCCGGUCUUUGUAUGUAAGCCCUGUCUUUGUCGGUGUGCUCUGUCUUUGUUGGUAUGUACUGUCUUUGUCGGUGUGCCCUGUCUUUGUCGGUAUGCCCUGUCUUUGUCGAUAUUCCCUGUCUUUGUCGGUGUGCUCUGUCUUUGUCGGUGUGCCCUGUCUUUGUCGGUAUGCCCUGUCUUUAUCGGUAUGUCCUGUCUUUGUCGGUGUGCCCUGUCUUUGUCGGUAUACCCUGUCUUUGUCGCUGUGUCCUGUGAGUUUCGUAGGUUUAGCUUCACAUAAUGGCCAUUAUCUAAACCACACUGUCACAAUGGCAGAUAUUGAAUGUUGUUUUCGAUAAUUUAUUUUGUUAGUGAUGUAGGUUGUUUGUUUUUGCUAUUUUAGAAACGGUUGUUUUGAUAAUGUUUACUUUGUUCUAUAUUUAUAUUGUUUAUAAUGACGUGCAAUGCAAUUUUGAUGUUUUUUGUUAUAAAAUAGCAGAAAUCGAAUAUAUAUUCAUUUUAUCACAGAUACGAUUUUAAAUAUUGUUAUUUGUAUUAAACUAAGACUUUUCAUCACAUUAACAUGUAAUAAGGCUCAUUUGCUGAUAUUUGGUUGGUAAUUCUUCACGCUUUUAAAUCAACAUUGGAAGGCAUAGCCACAAUAACACUUCCUAUGAUGUUCAGGUCAAGCUAAUUUAUCAAUAUUGUACAGUGUUUGAUAUCCUGUAAUCAAAUCUGCUGUGGGCAGUCUCGCACGAUGUCAAUUAAAAUGAUCUGCCCUUGAGACAAUGUAAAUAAUAAAAUGAAUAUUUUCUCUUUCCAUUUCGAUGCACUUUAGGAAUUUUACCGGAACGGUAUUUAGUCCAAUAUUGCAAUUAGAUAAAGUGUAUUACUGAUUUAGAUUUUAAUAUACAAUGAAUUGAUGAACAUUUAACUUGGAACUUCAUUCGUGUGAUGUGGUAUCAGUAAAACGUAUAAAUAGCUGUUCACCUUGUCUGAUGAGAGUACGCAUUUGUGGUAUUCCUUGACUUUUGAAAUUACCUCAAGUAAAAAUCUUGGAACUUCACUUCACUUCACGAACACAACAAUAUGUGCUUCAGAUAAUUGAAUCAAAUGCUCAUUUUUUAAAAGAAAAUAUUUCAGAAUUAAGAAUUUUUAUGCUGAUAUCUAUAUACAAUUCUGCCGUUGAGUUGGCCUCACUGACUCAUAUUUUUAACAUUCCGUAUGUAUUUAGGGCUGUGUGUUCAUAGGAAAUUAGUUGCUUUUUUGAAUGUAGCCACUAUUUUACAUAUCGUUAUAAUAGAAAUAAAAUACGUCAUCAUUGUAUUUUGAUUUAUGUGAUACAAAUAUGAAAUAGCUUGUAAAACAGGUUCACAAUAGAGAUAACAUUUAUUAUUCGUUAUACACACAUGUAUAUUUUAUGAAGUCGAUAUUUGAAAUAAAGAAAAACUCAAACCA